AUGCCGCCUACAUCCAGUUCCACCGCAAAGAAGGCGCCAUCAUUGAAGCAAUUGGUUAUUAAAUUGAAAGAAAUCCAAGCAACGUUCAACGAUAUUUGGAUAUUUGUUGAGACGUUCAAAGAAGAGACAUCCGCCAGCCAAGUGAACGUGCGCCUACAGAAGCUUGAUGAUCUUUGGGAGAGAUUUGGAGAGACAUUGGUUGAUGUCAAAUCACACGAUGAUUUUGUAGAAGAAGGAGAUUCUUAUCAGAAAGAACGACAGGAGUUUAGUGAGCGUUAUUACUUUGCUAAAUCCUUCCUGAUGGAUAAGGCUAAAGAUAGACAGGAGCCAGGUUUUCUAGAUCAGUCCGUUCGUGACCACGAUGCAUCUAUGUUGGGAACGCUAGAUCACGUGCGCCUUCCGCAAAUUAAAUUGCAAACGUUCAAUGGGAACAUCGAGGAAUGGUACAGCUUUAGAGAUCUUUUCGCUUCUCUUAUACAUCUCAAAUCGGAUCUUCCGGAGGUGGAAAAAUUCCAUUACUUGAAGGGUUGUCUUCAAGGAGAAGCGAAAGCGCUGAUAGAUGCCUUGCAAAUCACGAAGGCUAACUAUCAAAUCGCUUGGGAUAUGUUAUUAAAGAGGUACAACAACAGCAAGCAAUUGAAGAAGCUUCAAGUAAAAUCACUCUUCAAGUUGCCCACACUCACCAAGGAAUCUACUUCCGAUUUGCAAGGUUUGCUAGAAGGUUUCCAGAGAAUCGUACAAACAUUGGACCAGGUUGUACAGCCCGGCGAUUAUAGAGACCUGUUGCUAGUGAACAUUCUCACUUCUCGUCUCGAUUCAACCACUCGAAGAGGAUGGGAAGAAUAUUCGUCCACGAAAGAGCACGACACCCUGCAGGACCUGACAGACUUUCUACAGCGACGUGUUCGUAUCCUGGAGUCUCUACCGUCGAAGCCAGUAGAUAAAUUUGUGCAUCAAAUUCCACCCGCUGCCAAGCAGAAGCCAUCCGUUCAGAGGACAUCCUAUAGCGCAGUACAAACCUUCAGUGGCUGUGUAGCGUGUGAGGGCCAUCAUCCACUAUACCAAUGUAGUACUUUUCAACGGAUGUCAGUCGCAGAGAGAGAUACGUAA